UAGCAACGGCAACAACACAAGUUUGUGUCAGAUUUUUCUGCAAGUUUUUGAGUAUUUUCGAUAGAAGUAUUUUUAGAGUUUAUAAAAAAAUAAAAAUGUCGGAACCGUCUGAACCGACCGAUACGGCAAGAUCCGGAGUCAACUGUGAUUGUACGAAGGAUACAUCCUCUGAAGAAACUCUGACUCCCCAUUGCGAUUGCCCUCGCGAGGAACAUGGCCUGGUCGUGCAUACAGAAACCUGCCUUUUGUUCAAGCAUGAAACCUUUGUGUUUCCACGUGAUCCAGCAAUUUGUGAGUGUCAGGACCCGCCGUUCGAGAGUGGUAUCUGUGAGUGCUGUCAUUGCCCAUUGGACCGGUGCCGAUGCAACGCGCCUAGCAAAGAAUUCAUUAACGAGCUGCGCCGUAACCGUGACAUGACAGCCAUGCCGGCGGUGUUGGAAUCAACGCACCCACUGAUGCAAAAGUUCCAGGAGUCCCUGCGGCGGUUCCUGGAGAAGGAGAACGAACUCGCAGAAAAGGAGAUCAUGGGUCUCCGAGACAGUCUGCAAUUGGCGAAGUUGGACUAUGAAAAAGAACUGGAAGGCAUUUACCGCAGCGAUCACGACACCAACACCCAGAGGGUGCUAAUAGAAGAAUAUGAGCACACGCUAACUGAAAGGGCGUCGGAACGUCAUAAGGCGGAGGAAAGGAUGCGCCUUGCCAACGAGAGGAACAAGCAGGCCUUGGACAAAUUAAAUCAGGAUAUGCUUCUUGAACGCGACUCAACACAAGAGAUGGAGGCGUUGCAGGCGCUGGUUCGACAGUUGGAGAAAUGGCGCGAGGAGACGGAAUCUGAACUCACUAUCAGUCAGCGAAUGACCGACAAGAUGAAGCAGGAGAAACAAGCUAUCGCUGACGAGAAGCGGAAUUUGGAUAUGUUGAUCUAUUCAUUAAACAAUGAAGUGUGGAAGUUGGAGUCUAAGCUGGAGUUGUUCAAAAAGCAGAUGGAAAUUAAAAGUUUGGAAAUGGCCAAAGUGAAUGACAAGGUAACCGCAUACUCCACGGAGCUGGAAGACUUGGAGCUAGACAAGAAGCGAUUAGUGAGCUUGUGGAAUUCGGUUUUAGUCAAUAUCAAGCAGCGAGACAACGUGUUUGGGACCAUUCGCGACGACUAUAGGGAUUUGCAAGAGAAUUAUCGCACCCUAAUGUACAAUUUUGACAUCACCAAAAAAGCGGCAGCAGAAGAGAUGGAGAAGAGCAAAGAGAUAGAAAUGGAAAGGGACAAGAUCAACUACCAACUCAGCGCCGUCACUAAGAUCUUUGAUCUAGAAGACGUAAAACGAGAAUCGCUUGAACAGAAGAUCGACGAACUUAAAGAGUCGAUUUACUUGAACAAUAGAGAUCAAGAGAUGAUUAAAAUGGAGAAUCAAACAAUGCGCAAUAUUUUGACAACAACGGAAAAGGAAUACGAACGUCGUGUGGAACAAAAACUGAAACUGGAGAACGAAAUAUUGGAGAAUUUGCAGGAAUGCCUGCUCAACGAUAAAGCAGUGGAAUCAAUGGCACAAGGGAUAAAAAACAUGAGAGACAUGUCGAGGAAAUUGGAAAUCGCUUUAAUGAAAAUGGAAAAUCAACACGCAAAGUUAUUAUUGGAUAUUGAAGUUCAACGCAAUAGGCAGAUCACUAAUGCUCAGGAAAUGGAUAAGUAUGUAGAGAAGGUGCGCAACAGAGAGAAGGAGCUGGAUGCCAUGCAGGAGAAAUACGACCACGAGUCACUUGUUACGACGAAAAAACAGAGGGAAUUAGACACAAUGCUGAAGAAAUAUGCGGCACUGAAAGAAAUAUUUGAUGGUAAAUCUCCUCAAGAGGUUCGCAUCAACGCGAUGGAGCAGCAAAUCCGCGUCUUGCGGGAGCGCACCGAGACACUUCAGCAUGAGUGGCUCCGGCUGCAGGGUCAUGUCGUGAAACUCACCGCGCAGUACCACAAGUGUGUCGCUGACAUCAGUCUCAUAAAUAAACAAAUCCAGAUUUGUGAUCAGAAGACGAUGGGCACGAAUGCCCAGCUAGAAGGCAUAAAACAAGAGCGUGCCAAAGUGGAAAGGGCACUGAGAGACCUUCGGGCACGUCUACAAUUGUUGGAGAAAAAUCGCAAAGAGGCCAACGAUCGGAAUCUGAAUGCACACCGAUAUAAUCUUGCUAUCACGCACGAGUAUACUGCUAACUUAAAGGAUGCAGAAUGUCAAUUGCUUGAAAUGGAGGAAGAUAUCGAAAGACUAGAUAAGGAUAAAAUGAACCUCACACAAGAAUUAGAUCGUGUGCAAAAAGAGGCUUUGCUUUGGCAGAGAAAGGGUAUUCUAGCUGUGGAGCUCAAGAGAAACAUAAAGAACGCUCAAUCAGCAAGCGGUGAAAUCGGACAAAUGAAGAAUGAGAUACAUAGAAUGGAGGUGCGUCGUGAACAACUUCGCCGUACUAGUGAGAAAUUGUCCGAAGACCUAGCUCAAUACGUGAUUCGAAGAGACAAUGCCGUUGAGAAGAACAGAGCCACGGCUUCCGUGGAGGCCGCUCGAGGCGCUUCGAUGAAGACCUCGCAGUCCCAGUACCAUCACAAGUUACGCCUAGCCAGAGCUGAUGUUGCGAGAGUUACCAAAGACCUGCAAGAGGCAAAGGCGCAAAUGGAGCAGUUGCAUAAGGACUACGAGCGUCUGGAGCGUGAGGCGACAGAUGCUAGUGCGCUCAAUAACCAGCUGGAGGAACAUGUCGCGUCGCUUAUGCAGGAAUGCCGCGAUGCAGAGAUACAGAAGCAAUGGUUGCUGGAGCGAGUAGUACGCAGUCAGCGCCUCGGUAGCGAACUGGGCAUCGCGGUCAAACGCCAAUCGAUAAAAAUAAAGAAACCUUCAGCCGCUGUAUUGGAAGAAUACAGCGAAGCAAAAACGCUCAACGACAAAAUUAAGUACAUAGUGGAUGCUUUGAACACGGACUAUCCCCAUUUGCAUGACAAAUUUGAAACAAUAUUAAAUACAUUGGAUAUCAUGUCCCCGGAUGCGUCACCCAGGUUGCUUGAACAGGCACCCUGUGACCCUGGCGCAAAAGACCCUGGAUGCAAGAUACACACAAGUGAACCUGCUCAAAAACCAUACUGUGCCUGUCCAGGAAUAAAUGAACAUAUUGAUAUGUAACUAUUUGAAAGUAGGAAUUCCUAUUUUAAUUAUUUUUAUCAAAAUGUCGUAUCAAAAUUAGUUUACUUCGAAAGGUAAACGAUAAAUAAAUAACAUUAUUUUAUUUAAAAACCUUAAAUAAAACAUGGUCAACAAACACCAAAAACUAUUAUCCACUGUUAU